AGAUAACUCCGCGACACAUCCCGGCGGCAAGACAUAAGCGCUCGAUAUCUCGACUCAAAACGACAUGGCUGCUAGUUCAAAACUUCUAGAUGCCCCGCAAAGACUGCCUAUGCCAUCCUUAGAGAAUACAGCGCAUUGUAAGGACCGCGAACGUCUUACCCAUUUCCGAUCUUCCCGUGUCGCAAAGACGCCGGUGAUUAAGAAAGAGUAUAAGCGACAAGAGGAACAAGCCAUAGUGGACAAUUCGUUACAACGCAUCUUACGCUCUCGAACUGGCAAUCACAAUCAAACAACUACGCCCUCUGCCCAGAGCGCAGCGACGCGAAAGAGAUCUCGAACAAUCGAAGCCAAGCAAGCCUCAUACCCCAGACGAUCUAAGCGGCGUCGAAAACUUGUCCAGCAGCCAUUACCUGUCCAGCAAUCCGAAGGCAGGAAGCGACGCCUGAAUAUCUCGGAAUCCGGCGCAACUGGUGCUUCUCGCAAACGGGUACGGCACAAUCCUAAAAAGGCUGUUGUUGACAGCUCAGCUGAACAGGAGGCCGACAACGUCGACGGCCAGCAAGAUCCCAUAACAUACUGGACAAAGACAGGAUACUGGCCCAAAAGAUACUCCGAGCAGACCAACGGCAUGAGCCACCUACUUGCUAGGCAGAAGUCUUCGGUCUCCCUUCGCCGGAAGAAAUCUGAACUGGUCUCGGUUGAUCCAGUUCCAACUACAGCGCCGACUUCUGUGGCGCCGAGCUCUACAACACCCAGCGACCAAAAGCCAAGAGAUGUCAAAAGCGCACCUUACCAAGAUGCGCGUUAUAAAUUUUUACUUUCGACUAAAGGUAGCUUCAUGGAGAAAUCAGAGCUGGAUAUCACUCAGAAGAGCAAGAAAACAUAUCUAAACUUACUUAAUGCGGAACAGACGGUUCCAAAAGACUCUUUGUUCCGCGAUGACCUAUUCGAACGGACUUGUCAAAAGAUACAAGACAGGAAUGAGACCCGGGUCAUCCGAGAUAUCUCUCUUUUAAUUGUACCAUCAGCGGAGACUCUAACAACAUAUGGGGCCGAACACCUCAAGAUUUUGAUUGAGAGCACCAAUGAAGGCUGGAACAACUCCUUUGCCUUGACAGGCACGCGUCCGCAGCCUGAUUACUCUGUGGGAUUCAAGCGGGAAGCAUUCACCAACGAGCAGCUCGACAAGCUUGCCCCAUUCAUUGGGGACUUCAUCUCUGGCGAUCAGUCGUACUUCAUGGCCACGUACUACAUGUACUUCCCGUUCCUUACUUGUGAGGUGAAGUGCGGUGCUGCAGCGCUCGACAUCGCGGACCGACAGAAUGCCCAUAGCAUGACACUUGCGGUGAGAGCUACCAUCGAGCUCUUUAGACUCGUUGGUCGUGAGAUGGAGCUUCAUCGAGAGAUUCUCGCUUUCUCAAUCUCGCAUGACCACAGGUCAGUGAGAAUUUAUGGACACUACGCAGUCAUUGAUGGGAAAGACACCAAGUACUACCGCCAUCCUAUCCAUACUUUCGAUUUCACAGCUCUGGACGGAAGGGAGAAAUGGACGGCAUACAAGUUCACCAAGAAUGUCUACGAUAUAUGGAUGCCGAAUCAUUUCAAACGGCUAUGUUCGGCUAUAGAUCAAAUCCCGGCAGACCUGGAUUUCAGCGUUUCACAACUUUCCCAGAGCUUCGGGCUUUCACAAGACUUGGAGCGCCAUCAUCUCUCAGGGUCGAGUCAGCCCGAUUCGCAAUCACAAGAUCUCAGUCAGCAAAGUACUGAAGGCGCAAGAGACACCACCCUAAAUACCUCAUUUACCGGUCGAGGAGCUUCGAAGCGUCCCAGGAAACGGCUUGUUGCAGAGGAAUAAUGCAUGUUAGAAAAUGUUUUGUAAUACCACGUAUAUAUUAGUAUUCAACUAACUUAAUUCACUCUGUUCGCUACAAGCUUCAAGUGUUCUGAAAAGUCUAUAUAAUGUUUUCAUAUAGCUGUUGAUGUCGACCAGAGCGAUGUCAUUAAUAUCCUCGCUCAGCAUAAAGGAUACUUUUUAUAUAGAUUGGCGAAUUACUUCUUCAACAUGUACCUCUUCUCGUUUUAGCUUCGACCAGGUUUGUUCAGCUUCUCUCCCUUAGUCAUCGA